UUUCUGGCUCCUUCCCAACCUGCAAUCAUCUCUGUGACAGGGAUUGUUUCAAUCGUGUUGACAGUAGGUGCUAGGGGGUAGGUAGGUCGGGUGGGUGGAACUGGUCAACACUGCAAGCUUUCUACCAGCAGUCUAGCCAAAAGGUUCAAUAAACUUUCCGAUGGCUGCUUCUGCUUCCUCCUCCUCCUCCUCCUCUACCAUGGUCAAACUAGUCUCUCCCUCUCCCCGGGUAUUUGUCAAUUUCAGAGGCGAUGAACUGCGCGACAACUUCAUAAGCCAUCUUGAGACGGCCUUGCGAGACGGUGGCGUCAACUACUUUAUCGACAAUCUAUUAGAUGCAGGGACCGAUCUCAAAGACCUUUUCAGUGAGAUUGAGGAUUCAGAGAUCGCUUUGGCAGUCUUCUCGAAAAGGUACUCAGAAUCCAAGUGGUGCUUGAACGAGCUAGUGAAGAUUAUGGAGAAGGUGGAGGAGAACAAACUCCAUGUCAUCCCCAUCUUUUUCAAAGUGAAGGUGGAUGAUGUGAAGAAACAGAUUGGAGAUUUCGAGCGGAACUUAUUAGGAGGAGGUCCAGGCGAAAGACCCGAGAUGCCAAAAUGGGAGAAAGCUUUACAUUCUGCUACCGGAAAACUGGGCUUGAAUUUGUCGAAGUACAGGAACGAGAGAGAACUCAUAGUCGACAUUAUACUGGAGGUGAAGAAAAAGGUAGUAUUAAUAUCAUCGGUAAGGGAGGAGAAAGAAGCAAUAUGCUUCUUUCUCCAAGCAUCUCAUCGGUAAGUAGUAUUCGUAGCACUAUCUGUAGAACCAUUGAACAACGCCAUAAGGAUCUACCCCUGUAUGGAAUUGAGCAACGGCUUAAUCAACUUGAAGGCAAGUUAUUUGAUAUAAAAUGCGCAGAAAGUCGAAUUGUUGGAAUUAUUGGUAUGCCUGGUAUUGGUAAAACCAGUCUCGCGACAUCCUACUACAAUAAGUGGAACCACAAGUUUGUGAUUCGCGAGAAUAUCCUAAGCGUCCGCGAGAAAUCUAAAACCUAUGGGACAGAUUGGUUGCAGAACGCACUUCUGAAAGGUCAAGCCUGCAAUGAGAAGGCAGACAUGUUCAGCAAGAAGAUUCUUUAUGUCUUGGAUGACGUGAGCCACAAGGACCAAGUAGAUUUUCUACACACAAAACGCAAGUGGAUCAAGGGUGGAAGCAAGAUCAUCAUUACAACACGUGACAAGUCAUCGAUCCAAGAGCUGGUUGACGAUAUUUAUGUGGUCCCUUGUUUGAACGAUAAAGAAGCUCGACAGCUCUUUAACAUUCAUGCCUUUGAAGAUCAAACCAGUAGUGCCACAGGGAAUUUCCCAAAGCUAUCGAAAUGUUUUGUGGAGUAUGCUGAAGGUAAUCCACGAGCCCUGGAGGAGUUGGGAAAGGAGAUUCGUGGGAUGAACGAGGAGGACUGGAAAGCAAGACUAGCAACACUGCCACAUCGCUGUAACCCGAAUAUCCUAACUGAUUUGACAAGUAGUUAUGACAAACUGACUUGUCAACAGAAAGAUGUGUUUCUCGACAUAGCUUGUUUCUUCAGAUCAGAGGAGGAAGACUAUGUGAAAUGUUUACUGGAUGACUAUGAGUCAGGUGAAGCUGUUAGAGACCUCGCUGAAAAGUAUUUCAUAUGCAUCUCUGCCGGCAGAAUAGAGAUGCAUAAUCUACUGUGUACACUGGGCAAGGAACUUGGUUCAUCAUAUGAAAAUAUUUCGGGGGGAAGAAUGUGGGAUCAGGAAAUAAUUAUUAAGACUCUGCGUUCUGUGAAAGAGGGUACAAAGAAGAAGGUGAGAGGUAUUUUUCUAGACACGUCCAAAGUAAGCAAAGGAAUACCCUUAGACACGAAUACCUUUUUCGAAAAGUUCGACCAGUCGAGCCUGCGAUACCUCAAAAUCUAUGAUUCUCUUUGUCCUCAGCAAUGUGAAUCUGACGGUAAAGUUAACUUGCCCGAUGAAAUUAAGCUCCCCUUUCAAGAGAUUCGAUAUCUCCACUGGCUGAAAUUCCCAUCGGAUGAACUUCCAUCAGACUUCAACCCAAAUAAUCUAAUUGAUCUCAGGCUACCUUAUAGUAAGAUUGAACGAGUUUGGAAAACUGCUAAGAAAGCACCACGGUUGAAGUGGGUGGAUCUAAGUUACUCGACUAUGUUGACUGACCUGUCAGCAUUGUCGAAGGCGAUUGAUCUCCAGAGAAUAAAUCUUGAAGGCUGCAGGAAUCUGAGUGAGUUUCCAAGAGAGAUGAAAUAUAUGAAGAGCCUUGUUUUCAUCAACCUCAAGGGAUGCAUACAGCUCUCAUCUCUACCAGCAAAACUGAAUUUAAUCUCGCUGAAGACUCUAAUCCUCAGUGGCUGCUCAAACUUCAACACGUUCAAGCUGAACUCUGAAAAUCUUGAAUUCCUACAUUUAGAUGGCACUGCAAUCAGGAGUCUUCCUAGAACCAUCCAGUAUUUCAAGAAACUUGUGAUAUUGAAUCUGAAAGACUGCAAAAUGUUGGAGAGUCUGCCUCCUUACUGUCUCGACAAGUUGAAGGCUCUUGAAGAACUAAUACUCUCUGGUUGUAAAAAGCUCACGAGAUUUCCUGAUAUCAAGGAGAACAUGGAAAACCUGCAGAUUUUACUACUUGAUGGGACCUCAAUAGAAGAGGUGCCAAAUGUAUUAUUACAGUCAGGUAAAUUCAAAGACCAAGUGUUUUGUCAACCGCCACUACGGAUGAACAGCGUAUCCUUGUUGAGGCGCUUAUGCUUAAGCGGUAAUCAUACAAUCCUUAGCCUGGGAUCAAGCAUUAGCCAACUAUACCAUUUGAAAUGGAUCGACUUGAAGGAUUGCAAGGAACUGGAAUCAAUUUCAACGCUCCCACCAAAUCUUCAGCGCUUAGAUGCGCAUGACUGUAUCGCACUAAAAGCAGUGGCGAAUCCUCUGUCUCUUCUUGUCCCAACAACGCAGCAGGUCCCCUCUUCAUUCAUUUUCACCAACUGUGAAAAACUUGAGCACGUUGCAAAGAAUGAAAUCAUAUGUUGUGCUCACAAUAAGAGCCGUCUCCUAUCAGAAGCCUUAAAUCGACACAGUCAGGGUUUUGCUUCUGAAGCUUUGGUUGCUACUAGCUUUCCUGGAAGUGAAAUUCCAGCUUGGUUUAGUCACAUGGCUUCUGGAGCAGAGUUAGAGCCAGAGCUGCCUCGGCACUGGAGUGAAAAAGGGUUUGUUGGAAUAGCUCUAUCUGCCGUUAUCUCAUUCGAGGACCAGAAAACUCGAUACAAUAAGCUCCAGGUGAAAUGCAAAUGUGUAUUCAACGAUAAUGAGACAUCGCCUAGCAACUUUGAUUGCCAUAUUGGAGGUUUAUCUGAAACAGGAGAUGAGGAACGCACGUUUAAGUCUACUCAUGUGUUCAUUGGCUACACCAAUUGGUUGAAUAUAAAAAAAUGUCAAGAAGGUGAUUGUAUGAUGGGAUGCGUUCCGACUAAGGCUUCCAUUAAAUUUGAAGUGACAGAUGGUACUAAGGAGGUUAGGAGCUGUGAGAUCAUUAAGUGUGGCUUUAGUUUAGUUUAUGAAUCAGGUUCUUGGGAGGCAAGCUCGAGGAGAGAGAACGUCAGCCAAGGUGAAAGUGUAUUGUUGAGUCUCUGGAGAGGAAUCAAUUGGUUCUUUAAACCAUUAAACUAUAUUGCAACCGCAAAAAGGGACGAGAACUUCACUGGUAAAACAAGGUGUAGUAAGCAGCUCGACUGAGUGCUAAAAUAGCUUCUUUUAUCGACUUAUCUUCUUGUAACAGCACUUUGUGAGGGAAGAUUAUUAUAGAUGUCACUCGUUUUCACAUGUUCGGUUCUCAUGUCUAUUAUUACUUGAACAGA